CUCCCUCCCCUCCUCCUCCUCCUCCAUUUUGCGAGCUCGAGUCUGUGACUGGAGCCCGAGUCACCGCCCGCCCGUCGGGGACGGAGUCUAGUGGGUGGAAGGAGACGCCGCAGCCGGAGCGGCCGAAGCGGCGGGGCGCCGGGACGGAGGACGCGCGCCCGCGAGCCCUGGCCCGCCGAGAUGGGCGGGGGGCUGGCGUGUCAGCCGGGAAAUGGGAGACUUUCUUAAAUAGGGGCUCUCCCCUCCCCCCUUGGACAAGGGGGCGGCUGUUUACUUCCUUUUUUUAGAAAAAAAAAUCUCCCUUCUGCUCCUCCCGCUUUCACACGCUAAGUUGUUUAUCUCCGCUGCGGUGGGAGCUGCGGACGGUGGCGGGUGAGCGGCGCCUCUGCCGGAGCUGAUAUUCACCGAUGGACUCCAAGGAAUCAUUAAGCCGGCCCAGUAGAGAAGAAAUCCCCAGCAGUGUGCUUGGUCGGGAGAGGGGAAAUGUGAUGGACUUCUAUAAAACCCUAAGGGGAGGAGCUACUGUGAAGAGUUCUGCGUCUUCACCCUCACUGGCUGCUGCUUCUCAGUCAGACUCCAAGCAGCAGAGACUUUUGGUUGAUUUUCCAAAAGGCUCAGGAAGCAAUGUGCCGCAGCCAGAUCUGUCCAAGGCAGUUUCACUCUCAAUGGGACUGUAUAUGGGAGAGACAGAAACAAAAGUGAUGGGAAAUGACCUGGGAUUCCCACAGCAGGGCCAAAUCAACCUUCCCUCUGGGGAAACAGACUUUCGGCUUCUGGAAGAAAGCAUCGCAAACCUCAAUAGGUCGACCAGUGUUCCAGAGAACCCCAAGAGUUCAGCGUCCACUGCUGUUUCUGCUGCCCCCACAGAGAAGGAGUUUCCAAAAACUCACUCUGAUGUGUCUUCAGAACAGCAAAAUUUGAAGGGGCAGACUGGCACCAACGGGGGCAAUGUGAAGUUGUAUACCACAGACCAAAGAACCUUUGACAUUUUGCAGGAUUUGGAGUUUUCUUCUGGGUCCCCAGGUAAAGAGACGAAUGAGAGUCCUUGGAGAUCAGACCUCUUGAUAGAUGAAAACUGUUUGCUUUCUCCUUUGGCAGGAGACGAUGAUCCAUUCCUCUUGGAAGGAAACUCGAAUGAGGACUGUAAGCCUCUUGUUUUACCGGACACUAAACCUAAAAUUAAGGAUAAUGGAGAUCUGAUCUUAUCAAGCCCCAGCAGUGUGCCAUUGCCCCAAGUGAAAACAGAAAAAGAAGAUUUCAUCGAACUCUGCACCCCUGGAGUAGUUAAGCAGGAGAAACUGGGCCCAGUUUACUGUCAGGCAAGCUUUUCUGGGGCAACUAUAAUUGGUAGUAAAAUGUCUGCCAUUUCUGUUCAUGGUGUGAGUACCUCUGGGGGACAGAUGUACCACUAUGACAUGAAUACAGCAUCACUUUCUCAACAGCAGGAUCAGAAGCCUAUUUUUAAUGUCAUUCCACCAAUUCCUGUUAGUUCAGAAAACUGGAAUAGGUGCCAAGGAUCUGGAGAUGACAACUUGACCUCCUUGGGGACUUUGAACUUUUCUGGUCGAUCGGUUUUUUCUAAUGGCUAUUCAAGCCCUGGAAUGAGACCAGAUGUAAGCUCUCCUCCAUCCAGCUCCUCAGCAGCAACGGGACCACCUCCCAAACUCUGCCUUGUGUGCUCUGAUGAAGCUUCGGGAUGUCAUUAUGGGGUCUUGACUUGUGGAAGCUGUAAAGUAUUCUUCAAAAGAGCAGUGGAAGGACAGCACAAUUAUCUUUGUGCUGGAAGAAAUGAUUGUAUCAUUGAUAAAAUUCGAAGAAAAAACUGCCCAGCAUGCCGCUAUCGAAAAUGUCUUCAAGCUGGAAUGAACCUGGAAGCUCGAAAAACAAAGAAAAAGAUAAAAGGAAUUCAGGCCACUACAGGAGCCUCACAAGAAACUUCUGAAAAUCCUGCUAACAAAACAAUAGUUCCUGCAACAUUACCACAACUUACCCCUACUCUGGUGUCACUGUUGGAGGUCAUUGAACCUGAAGUGUUAUACGCAGGAUACGAUAGCUCUGUUCCAGAUACCACUUGGCGGAUCAUGACCGCACUCAACAUGUUAGGUGGGCGGCAAGUGAUUGCAGCAGUGAAAUGGGCAAAGGCGAUACCAGGAUUCAGGAACUUACACCUGGAUGACCAAAUGACCCUACUGCAAUAUUCAUGGAUGUUCCUCAUGGCAUUUGCCCUGGGGUGGAGAUCAUAUAGACAAUCAAAUGGAAGCAUGCUGUGUUUUGCUCCUGAUCUGAUUAUUAAUGAGCAGAGAAUGACUCUACCCUGCAUGUAUGACCAAUGUAAACAUAUGCUGUAUGUUUCCUCUGAGUUAAACAGGCUUCAGGUAUCUUAUGAAGAGUAUCUCUGCAUGAAAACCUUACUGCUUCUCUCCUCAGUUCCGAAGGAAGGUUUGAAGAGCCAAGAUCUGUUUGAUGAAAUUAGAAUGACCUACAUCAAAGAGCUAGGAAAAGCCAUUGUCAAGAGGGAAGGAAACUCCAGUCAGAACUGGCAGCGGUUUUAUCAACUGACAAAACUCUUGGACUCCAUGCAUGAGGUGGUUGAAAAUCUCCUUAACUAUUGCUUCCAGACAUUUUUGGAUAAGACCAUGAGUAUUGAAUUCCCAGAGAUGUUAGCUGAAAUCAUCACCAAUCAGAUACCAAAAUAUUCAAAUGGAAAUAUCAAAAAACUUCUGUUUCAUCAAAAGUGACUGCCUUAAUAAGAAAGGUUGCCUUAAAGAAAGUUGAUUUUAUAGCUUUUAUUGUACAAAAAAAUCAGUUUGUCCUGUAGCAGUUUUGUUGUUUUACUUUUUUUUGUUUUUGUCUAGUUUUUGUUUUUGUUCUGUUUUAAAUACGCACUACAUGUGGUUUCUAGAGGGCCAAGACUUGGCAACAGAAGCAAUUGAGCCAUCACUUUUCAGUGAUGGGAAAAGUAGAAAGUGAUAGUUGGUGGAUCCCGGAAAUUAGAAACUUAGAAACAAGGAUGUGUGGCGGUGCUCUCCACUGUCAGAGAGGGAUGGCACCUAAACCACCAGUGCCCGAAGUCUGUGUGAUAAACUUUCUGCUCAUACUUUUCACAGUUAGCUGGACAAAAUUUUCUAGACUUUUUGUUGGUGUAUUUUCCCCUGUACAGUUAGGAUAGCAUUUUUUUCAUUUAUGCAUGGAAACCUGAAAAAAGUUUACAAGUGUAUAUCAGAAAAGGGAAGUUGUGCCUUUUAUAGCUAUUACUGUCUGGUUUUAACGAUUUCCUUUAUAUUCAGUGAACUACGCUUGCUCAUUUUUUCUUACAUAAUUUUUGUAUUCAAGUUAUUGUACAGCUGUUUAAGAUGGGCAGCUAGUUCAUAGCUUUCCUAAAUAAACUCGAAACAUUAAUCUGUGUGAAAAUGGGUCGGUGCUUCUAAUCUGAUGGCACUUAGCUAUCAGAAGACCACAAAAAUUGACUCAAAUCUCCAGUAUUCUUUUCAAAAAUGCUCAUAUUUUGUAUAUAUCUGCUUCAGUGGAGAAUUAUAUAGGUUGUGCAAAUUAACCGUCCUUACUGGCAUAGAGCACCUAGUCCAGUAACCUGCUGGGUAAACUGUGGAUGAUGGUUGCAAAAGACUAAUUAAAAAAAAAAAAAAAAAAAACCAAGAGGCCCUGUUUGUAUCUAAUGCUCUAUCUCUGCAACGGUUAGAUGGCAAAAAAAAAGUUGGUAAACUAACUGUCUUUCAGGACCUUUUGUUGUAGUUUGUAUAACUUCUUAAAAGUUAUGAUUCCAGAUAAUCAGCUGAAACAAGCUGAGAGAUUUUAAUCAGACCAAGUAAUUUCAUCUCAUUAACCUUUACCCAAAAAAUCAAUCUCUAAUAUGGCAAAAGUGGCUAGAUACCCAUUUUCACAUUCCCAUCUGUCACCAAUUGGUCUAUCUUUCCUGGUGGUACAGGAAAGCUCAGCUACUGAUUUCUGUGAUUUAGAAAUGUAUGUCAGACUUCCAUGUUUGUAAAACUACACAUCCCUCACAUCCCUUUGUGUGCCAUAGAAUUUAACAAAAGCCUUGUGAAUUUCUCCUUCUCACUGUUGAGAAUUAUCAUUUUAAACAAAAUAGAAGCUGUAGUAGCCCUUUCUGUGUGCACCUUACCAACUUUCUGUAAACUCAAACUUAUAUUUACUAAGCCACAAGAAAUCUGAUUUCUAUUCAGGGUGGCCAAAUUAUUUGUGUAAUAGAAAACUGAAAAUCUAAUAUUAAAAAUAUGAAACUUCUAAUAUAUUUUUAUAUUUAGUUAUAGUUUCAGAUAUAUAUCAUAUUGGUAUUCACUAAUCUGGGAAGGGAAGGGCUACUGCAGCUUUACAUGCAAUUUAUUAAAAUGACUGUAAAAUAGCUUGUAUAGUGUAAAAUAAGAAUGAUUUUUAGAUGAGAUUGUUUUAUCACGACAUGUUAUAUAUUUUUUGUAGGGGGUCAAAGAAAUGUCGAUGGAUAACCUAUAUGAUUUAUAUUGUGCAAGCAUUCAUACAGGCAGCAAUGGUCUCAGAAACCAAACAAACAGGUUUGCUCUAGGGGAAGAGGGAGAUGGAGACUGGCCCUGUGUGCAGUGAAGGUUGCUGAGGCUCCGUCCCAUUCAGAUCACAGAGGAAGUAAUCCUCUGCCUCCCAGAAUGACCACCAUUCUCAUUCCAACAACAGUGAGUCUGUCAGCGCAGGUUUAGUUUACUAAAUCUCCCCUUGCGCUCAAGUGUGUAAACAGGGGACAGAAGGUGGUGCUUACACACUUAAAGGCACCAUCUCAUAGCAGAGUUACUUUCACAUACAGCCUCUCCAACAGUUUAAUAAAAACAGAGGCUUUAGAAGUUUGGCAAUAAUAUGCAUAGAGGUACCAGCAAUAUGUAAAUAGUGCAGAAUCUCAUAGGUUGCCAAUAAUACACUAAUUCCUUUCUAUCCUACAAGAGUUCAUUUCCAAACAAAAUGAGGACAUGUUUAUGUUUUCUUUGAAUGCUUUUUGAAUGUUAUGUUAUUUUUCAGUAUUUUGGAGAAAUUAUUUAAUAAAAAAUGUAAUCAUUUGCUUUUUGAA